AUGUCCUCCAGGCGCACCACAUUUAUGUCCGACGCGAUGGAUAGUGCCGGAUUCCGCUUGCAGCGCCACAUUGAAGUGGUAUACACGGCUCCGUACCACUUCAACACUAGUCACGUCCGACGCGUCAAGAUCUGUACAGGUAUCAUCUUAGAGUUCGUGCUGCACCAGCAUCCACUCACGUGGGAGCCCUCGACUGACGAUGGAGCAUCUAAUGAGGACGAGGUUCGAGUGGUGUUUGUUAUGGGAUUUCUCAGCUCCAAGGAGACGUGGGCCCCGACAAUCGAAACAAUGCUGCGUCAAUGGGAAGCGCUGAAGACUGGCAAGCGUUUGAAGAUCUUAACGUUCGACAACCGCGGCGUUGGUAGCUCCACUUCGCCCAUCGGUCCAUACAACAUGGCUGAGGAUAUUCUUGCGUUGUUGGACCACAUCGGUUGGCAGCAGACCCAUGUCAUUGGCCUCCUGGUGCUGCUGUAUCCACCCAAGUUUCUUUCGCAAAACAUGGAGAAUGACCCACGAAGUAUUUACGAAGCCAUGUUCGAGUGUCACAAGUACCUGGUUGAGAACAGGGAGAUACCACGCGUUUUCGGCCUGAUGGGCCAAGGAUCGGCAGUACUCUCGCACUUUGUGUCGGACGAGCGUCUUCACGCAAUUCGUGACCAACACUUCCUCAUCCUCGUCGUCGGUGGCUCGAAAGACGUCGUCAUUCCAGCACGUGAGACCCAGACAUUGUACAAUCACUUAGCCAGCGACCAUUCCAGAAUGGUCAUGUACGAGGACGCAGGACACGAUGUAUACAUCAAAAUCUCCACGAUGCUGUCGGACGGGGUGCUGUUGGCCAUAUCGCUCGGCGGCCUGGUCGCGACGGUGCUGUUAGUGCUCUUCUUAGCGGGAUUCUUCGCUGGAACUAAAAAAGUAGCCCAUGAAGACCAGGCCGAGGUGGUCCGAGGCGGCGAGAGAGGAGGCCUGGCGGCUUUACGCAAACGAAAGGAUCGCAAGAAGCGCAACACCGAGCGAGAGGAGGCUGUUGCUCCCGUAGAGGCCGCAGCCCCGGCUCAUAACGAGGCCGUGGAAGCCGCAGAAGAAGAAGAAGGACCCGUGGAGCCGUACGUGACUCACUACAAAGAACGCGCUAUGACCAAAAAGGAGCUGCAGAAGGAGCUAAAGCGCCGGGAACGUGAAGAACUUCGACGGUUCGACCAGCAGCAACGUGAGGAGCGUCAGCGUAUGGCCGAGGAGAAAGAAGCCGCGUACCAGAAGAAACGCGAGGAAGAAGACAAGAUUGAAGCAGCUUUGGAAGAACAAGAGCGGAAAGUGAAGGAGGAGAAGGAACGCAAAGAGAAGGAGGAGUUCGACCAGUGGAAAGACAUGUUUACAAUUGAAGAGCAGGGCUCCAAACUGACAGAAGACACAGUUCGUCGACUACGUUAA